AUGAUUGGUGAUGACAUCAUUUUGCCAUGCCACCUGGAACCUGCUGUGGAUGCUGUUGACCUGACUGUGGAUUGGUCCAGAACUGACCUCAAACCUAGAUCUGUCUAUGUGAGGCGAGAGGGUGUGGAGCUUCUGACUGAGCAGAAUUCAUUGUACACAGGAAGAACAUCACUCUCUGUCAACAAACUGCAGUGUGGAGACGUUUCACUGAAACUCUCCACAGUGCAACUCUCUGAUGCAGGAACAUACAAAUGCCUUGUACCUAAAUUUAAUGCAGAAACUGUGGUGACGCUUGCUGUAGGUUCAGUUUCCUCACCAGUCAUAGAACUCACCAAUGUCAAAAAUGAAAUGGUGUUAGAGUGUAAAUCUAAUGGCUGGUAUCCAGAGCCUCAGAUGUUGUGGGUGGACAGUGAGGGAAAACCCAUUUCUGUUGAACCUACAAAGAAUGUCAGAGGUUCUGAUGGGCUCUAUACAGUCAGCAGUAAAGUGACUGUGGAGAAAGGACAGAGCUACAGCUUCACCUGCAAAGUUCAACAGAAGAAUAUCAGUCAAAUCAAAGAGACACACAUCCAUGUUUCAGGUGAUCUCUUUAUGGUCCAGUCUAAUACUGCUGUUCACAUUAUCAUCAACUUGGCUGUCUGUUUAAUAAGCUUUGGGACAGUAGUAAUCCUAAUAUGGAAAUGUGGACAAAAGAAAACCGAAAUCAGCAUACAUGAUGAGGAUGAAAACGAACUACAUCAAACAGAGAUGGAGGAAAAAUUACAGAGAGAAUGUGAGGAAAACUUGAAGAGGCUUGAAGAGGAGUUGCAGAACAAUGAGGAAGACUUAAAACACGUCAGAGAAACCAUUGAAAAACUGAUGAAGCAGAAGACAUCUCUGAAGAAGCAGAGCGAAAAACUCCACACACUACUGGAGGAGGACAAGGCAGGGAUGAAAGAGGUCAUGAAAAAAGAGAAAGAAAGCCCAUUACUUGACAAAGAGAAAAAAAAGAAUAAGCUUGAAGAUAAAAAAGCUGACCUGGAAAAGAGAAUAAAAGUACAUGAAGAACUGUUAAAGAUGACAGAAAAGCUAAUGGAGGAAACAGAGAACAUUAUAAUCCAAAUGACAGAAAGAAAGGGAAAGCUAGAAAAAGACAAGGAACAAAUUAUUAAACACUUGAGAGAGAAAGAAAAAAAUAAAAGAGAUUUAGAAGAAACUGUGAAAGAAACAAGCGAGAAACAAUGA